AUGAAUGAAACUACAGACAAACUUAACUCUUCUCUUAUUCUUCCUUUCAGCAAAGAUUAUGAAUUCUGUUCAAAUGGUGUGUAUUUCUAUUGUGGAAAGAUGGGUUCAGGUAAGACAUUUAACCUCAUUCGUCAUAUACUCAUAACAGAACGUUUAGGAAAUGACUCAUAUUAUGACCAAAUCAUUAUAUCAGCAACUUCAGACUCUAUGGACUCAACAGCGAAAACAUUCAUGAGUAAAGUUCAAGCAUCUGUCGUUAAAGUUCCAGACAGUGAACUCAUUGAAUUUCUUCAACGUUACAUUCGACGUAAGAGAAAAUAUUAUGCCAUCGUUGAAUUUAUACAGUCAGGAAUGCAAAAGACUUCAGAAGAGAUGGAAAGAAUUAUUGACAAACACCACUUACGUCAGUACUCAGAAGUUUACGAUAUGAAACGACUGACAAACUACAUUCU